CUCUUUCUUCGCGCUCGAUCAAUCUCUCUCUCUCUUCGCGCUCGCUCAAUCUGUUCGCUAAAUCUCUGGUUUAAACUAUGUCUGGAAAGUUUUCCUCAAAGAAACCAGCUGUGAUAGAUGAAGAUGCCCUCUAUUAUUUGGAAGGUGUCAAUGUGAUAAACUCUGGUAAACCAUGGACCCAAGAUGAUGAGGCUGCACUAGUCUAUGCUGUAGAUGAGUGCAGACUACAGAACACUCCUGCUGAUCAAGUUUUUAAAAGACUUAAAUUGGAUGUGCCUAUGGGAUCCUUACUGGCAUCAAUGACAGAAGAAGAGAUUGCCAGAAAGUAUAACAAUCUGGUGAAAAGAGGAAAAUGUCUACCUCUUGAUUCCCCAGAAGCUGAUUCCACAGAAGCUGAUUCCACAGAGGCUGCUACUACUGUUCGAAGGGAUGUCACUCCUAUUGCCAAACCUCCAGUUGGACAACGAUCGGCUCGUUCUCGUCGAUUCAUUGUUAACCAGAAUCUUGAUGUUGGGAAAGCCACCAAGGGUCCAAAACAAUGGAACCCUGAUGAGGAUGAUGCCCUUAUUGAUGUGGUAAAGCAAUACAAAUUUGAAUAUAUGACAGUAACUGAAGUGUUCUAUGGGGACGGGGAUAAAGAUUGUUACCCACGCGGAUGGAUCAUCUUAUUUUGUAGAUUUGAUGAUGUGGACAUAAUAACUUGCUAUUCUAGUUGUCAAUAA